UCUGGCAACUCUGAUCUUAAAAAAAUGACAAUCUAUCGACUACUACAUCACUUAAUCUCAGUAAUCUGUGCCUACAUCUGUCUGUGCUACCUACCUACAUACAUCUUCAUGAAAUUCUUGAGGUCAAUAAUUAUUUUCUAUUUAAAUUGACCUGUGCUAAACAUUUACUUGUUUAGACCGAUAUAUAAAUACUAUGUGUUAAAAUGUGUCAGUGUUUAUUAUAUAUAAAGUGAUAAAUAAUAGCUGGAGUGAUGACACUGAAGAAAAUUGCGAAAAUGUCAACAAAAUCACAAAUAUCUACAGAACUAAGUGAAAGCAUUAGCAAUGUGCUUGGUAAAAAUGUAAGAAUUCUGUAUAAAUCCCUUAUUCGUAUGGAGUCACGAGGUGAUAAAGUAGACAAUAGAGUUUUGAUUGUCACUUCCUAUCGAAUAUUUAUCACAACUACAAAAGUACCAACAAGGGUGGAUAAUGGAUUUCACUUAAUGGAAAUAGAGGCACUGGAAAGUAAAAAGGCAAAUCAUCUGUCAAUAACACUAAUCCAUGAACACAAACCAGUGUCAAUUCUUAUAGGGGAAGAAGGCACUUCGGAUGGAGUACUCAAUGUACUCCAUGCUCUGGUAGCAGCAUUUGAUGACUUGUUUCCCAAUGUAGCUGUAGAGGAUAUUAUAGCCAAGGUCAACCUUCCCUUCCAAAUUCCAUCUGUAAGUGGUACACGCAAACAUUCCACAUGUGGGGACUUUUCUAAUCAAUAUGCUGCAAUGUGUGAUCUUUGUCAAACACCUUUUAGAGCUGAGGUGGCAUGGGAUAUAGAUACAAUAUAUUUGGCACAUGACAUAAGGAUGCUUCAUUUGAAAGAUUUUGACCACUUAGACCAAAGGGACCUAAUACCGCUGGUGUUCGCGCUGCAACAUAACACGUGGUUUACGGGCGUGUGCGGGGACGGCGUGCGCGCGGGUGGCGAGGCGUGGGAGAGCGUGUGCCGCGUGGUGCGCUGCGCGUGGCCGGCGCCGCAGCGCCUCAGCUGGCGCGCCGCCACGCUGCGCCACGACCAUGCCGCGCGCCUCGGACACGCGUUAGCGCGCGCAAAGCGACCGCCGGCUAUGCAUACUAUUGACUUCUCGCAAAAUCACAUCGAAGACAAAGGGGCUAUGAGUGUGCUGUCUGGGCUCGCGAACAAUCCCGAUGGGCUGAGGUACAUUGCGUUGUCGCAAUGCGGCCUCACUGGGAAGACUGUCACGCAUCUAGCGACCAUGCUGAACGAUAAUCCGUGCCAUCUGUCCACCUUAUCACAUUUGGACCUUUCACACAACAAUCUGAAAGACGACGUUCAUAACCUGUACAACUUUCUUGCGCAGCCAAACGUCCUGACGCAUUUAAAUUUAACAAACACCGAGACAACAUUAGAAAACAUGUGGGGUGCCCUUCUACGUGGAUGCGCGGCCCGUCUUUCCUCCCUGCUAGUGGGCCGCAACCCCUGGUCGGCGGUACGGCGCCCCAAAGACCCGCCGCCUUCCUUCCGCCAGUUCUUCACUGCCUGUUUGGCGCUCACCGAAUUAGAUUUCUCCUACUGCAAAAUGCCUCCUGAUGCCUUGAAGAGUUUGCUCCUAGGGUUGGCGUGCAAUGAAAGCGCGACGGGUGUCCAACUAAACCUGUCAGGAGUUCUGUCUUCGUCUCAAGCGGCGCACGUGCUGGAGUCCUGUAUUCACGGAGUCCGCUGUUUACAAUCGCUGGACUUGUCCGAUAACAGUAUGGAAUUUGAGCUGUCAGGAAUAGUAAGAGCCAUCGGGAAAAAUCAUUCUAUUACGCAUUUAUCAUUGAGCAAACUCACUGGUAAAAGAUCGUACGCACCGCCUUUAAUACAGGCAUUAGUGCACGUCCUUCAAGAACCUGACACUGCCUUGACUUCUUUAGAUCUCAGCGAUUGUAAACUAAAGGGUGAUUUAUACGGGCUAUUGAAUGCCUUGGGCGGCGCUCGGCGGCUUCGUUCUUUAGACGUUGGUGGGAAUCUAGCGGGCGACGCGGGCGCAAGACUAUUGGCUAAAGCUUUGCAGUGCAAUUGUACGCUGCACACGCUUUAUAUUGACCGGAACGCUUUCAGUUUGCAAGGAUUAACGGACAUAGCGAUGGCGCUUCGGCGGUCGGUUAGCGUUCGGCGCGUCGAGUUCCCGGGCUGCGACGCCGCCGCCGGCGGUCGAGCUGCCAGCGAACGCGUCGCUAAUCUGUGGCGGGAACUUCACGAGAGGUUAGCUGGGAACGCGACGGGCGCGCAGUCGCACAGACUCAGAGCGCUGGCUUUAGAACGCGCUUGGGCGGGCGGCGAGGCAGCCGCAGCGCUGGCAGCGCAAGCUGCGGCUGCGCUCCCACCGCCGCCAUUACCAGCGGCCUUAGAACGCGCCGCCGCCGCCGCGCACCAUCUACUGCACCAGUACCUGCAGAGGUGUGGAGAAGUGUUCGCGGCUAUGGGCGGUGGUGGCACCAGCGGGGAGUUGGUCACUUUACAAGCGAUACGGGAUGCGAUGGCACCUUGUUCUGCUACUCUACAGGAUCUACUGAACGAAGCCGUCGAAAGUCUAGCGUUGUCAGCAUGCGAAAGUGUAGACAGCGCUGACAGCGAACCCAUCACAAGUAACGACCCAGACAUACCCGAUUUACUGACGCCUAUCUCACAUUCUGGUGCGACGCCGUUGGGAUGCAGACGGCGCGAGAGAUGCGGCCGACGCGUGCGUCCGAAGUCCGUUGCCGAACAACAGUGCAGCAGCAACGAGAUGCUGUCGCUGCCGCCGCUGCACGCUGAAGCGGCGGACGCGCUCGCUGAACUGCCCGCGCACACGCUGCGGCACCUCGUCAAAGGUCGACCUAGAAGAGUGAAAACGCGGGCACCGACACGACCUAUCACAGACCAAUCACAGGACAUCGACGAAGGAUUGGACGAGUUCUGGCGCACGUGCCGCACUCCACCAGGCAGUGAGGAAGCCUCGUUGUCAACUCGUACUCCGCUGACAUCACGCUCGCUGCACUCGCUGUCCUCUCUCGCGUCCCCCUCGCCGCUACGACACUCGCCCACGCUGCAGCGCGACGACACUAUGUACAGUGUAACAUCUGGAGAAAGCACCCCUGUUCUUUUAGAAUGUGAAGUGUCUCGAUGCAAGUCUUCCGAUAAUGUAGGAUCAAAGGCACCUACUACACCCCCACCAUCACGCUCUUCGGAUAACGUCAACACAAUGGGUAACGGGUGCGCGCGCACGCCGGGCAAGGCGCGCCCAUGGUCCGUGGCCGGCGGCAACGCGGAUAGCGGCGCUGCCGUCUGCACCACAGGUAAAUAACAUACAAACUUUGUGGCCGCUUUGAUGUUAGCCAUAGAGUUAUAAGAAUAGAGUAGGGGAGAUAUAGACUCUAUUACUAGUGGACGUCUACCUCUAAUAGAAAGAGAAAGGAGAUGAAAGACCGCUAGCUUUCUCUCUCCAAUCGCGCAUGCGCAUUGGCAACCGUAAGCAUCUUACUAUUUCGAUGUGAUGCCAUUGGAUGCCAUCGUCACAAGAGAGAGAUAGCUAGCGGUCUCUAAUCUUCUUUCUCUUUCUACUAGACGGACACUUUUAGAGCCGCCUUCUCUACUCUAUUCUUAUACCUCUAUGACGUUAGCAGUGAACGCAAGUAUACGUAGUAUCAGUUCAGUGCACUGAACACUCCCACUAGAGUCCGAAUUACUACGUUUCGCACAUAAGUUUCGUCAUCAUAGUCAUCAGCCUAAUAAAGUCGCCACGGCUGGGGCCUUCCCUAUGGAAGGAAUAGUAGAUUGAGUCUUGACUCACUACGCGGGCCCUGUGCGGAUUGGUGGGAGCUAACGACUGCAGCACGCUCGAGAUUUGGUCACCAAUCUGAUUUGGUACUGCACGGUACUUUUGAAUCUGAUUUGGUACAUUUUUUGGGUACCCAUCCAAAUACCGACCACUGCGAAAGUUGCUUAACUUCCACGAUCGCAGCCGAAUGCGCUAACCACUUGCUAUAACCAAGCUCCUUACUUAUGUGCAAAAAGGCACAGAGGCAAAACUUCAUACAGGCCUCCGACCCUGGUUUAUUUACACACGCGCAAUUAUAUGAAGCUUUGUCUUCCUUACCCAUUUGGUUUUUGUUUCAAAUCUAAAUGGCGAAAUUUGGUUUGGACACGACAGUGUGACGUCACGGUUGGAUGACAAAUUAGAUGCUAACUUGAAGGGCGAUAUUUGGACGUGUCACACGCUUAUGCUGUAUUAAUACAUAAGCUAUGGUAUAAGCAGGUUCCCUUGUAUGCGGUCUCUAGUGGGGCUCUAUGGUUCAAUGAAAUCCUGCGCGCUCCUAUAUCAUCGUACAUUUCCUUUACUGCGCCGCUACUGGCGCUAACUGAGGCCGCCAUUAAGUUUGAAUCGCAAUCUAACAAACAUUCAUACACUAUUCAAUGUUGCCAACGUGUUGUUGUUGUGGUAUGUACACCGGUUUUUAAGGUAUCGCCGUGUCAGAGCUCCUGAUUCAAAUGCCGGUGGAAUAAAUGAUUAUGAUGAAUACGAGCCUUCGAUGAACAACAUUAUUCUUUUCAUUCAUUCACUCCAAGUGCCCAAACCGUCGAAGCAUAUUAAUUUCAAUUUAAACCCAUUACAUUAUUUACACACAUAUUCAGCAUACAUAUUUUUACACAUGACAAUAGCUUCACUGCUUGUGCUUACAUCAUUAUUAUUUUAUUAUAUGAUAAAAACAUACGUUUUUCAGUUGCGUUAUACUUUUGACACAACUUUGUCGUUUUUCUUUGGUUUACGAAUAUUAUCAGGACUAUCAGCCAAAUUUCACCAUAUCCUUAAAAAAACUAUGGUGUAUAGUCAUAUCAAACUAUUGGCGCAGCGAGUACAUUUUUUACCAUUUAAAUAAGCUGUUUAAACUUUAGAGAUUGAAAUAGUAUGAACUUAUGUAUCAAGUUGUUCAAAGAAAAUAAAAUCGAAAAAAAUACUUUGUCCGUGGCAUGCUCUUGUAGUAAGUGAUAAAUAACCAUUAUAGAAAAACCGUAUUUAGUUUUAUAAAGUAUUAUUUGAUUUUAGUAAUACAUAGUUGAUUUAAGUGAAUCAAGAAUACAGAUCUAUUUUAAUUUUACAGGUGAAAGAAAACGUUAUGUGUUCACUUUGAACAUCUGAUUACAAGCCUAUGAAUAAUUUGCAUCUGUUGUUUAUUAAAAAUUUGUCAGCGGUUUUUUUUACAAUUAAAUUACCUAAAAUGUUGCAUGAAUUUUUAAUAGUUUUAUUUCAGAUCAGUUUUAACUAGUAUAACUUGAUUAAAUGUAAUUAUGUUUUCCACUAAUCGGCUAUAGAAAGGUCCAACUUUUGCACGUUCUGAUUUAUUUGUUUCUUUAAUUCUCUAUUGUAAUAAAUCGAAACUUUUUCACCAAGAUGGUGAAUCAAAUAAGAUUGAGGAAAUAUGCAUGAAUAUUAAAAAAAAAAUUACAUACGAACAUUCACUGGCGAAUUGCAAUUCUGUUAUUUGUUAAGAACUAUUAGAACUAUUUUCCGUAAGUAAAAGAAUUUUAUGAUUUUUAAUGAAAUAAGUUCAAUCUUUAGUAAAUACAUACAUCAUUAUAUUUCGAGCAUAGUUAUGCAAUAUUGAGCAAAUUUUUAAGUUUCUAGUUUCAUUUAACUUCAUACACUUUUUAAGGCAUUCUGUACAUACAAAGCAAAUUGACAUUUUGUUUUUAAUAAGUGUAAUUACUUAGAGUGAAGUUAACAAUCGCUAUACUAGUUCCUUAAUCCGUUGUGGUUAGCAAAACUACUUAAAUGUCAUUACAAUAUACCUAUAAGUGCAAUUCAUAAUCGAGCUUAUUGUCAUCUCACGUCUCAAUAACUAAUUAACAAAGUCAUUUUAUUUCAAAAUAUAUAUUAUUGUCGUAAAAGAGUAGUAUAUUAUUAUAAGCAACAUAUUUUUUUUCGCGAUAGUAGUGCAUUGCCUACAAAACAAAGCGAUUGUAUUUGUAAUGGUAUUUUAGUAUCCUUUCUAAAGAGUCAGCAAUAUAAUCAUCAUAUACUUUAGCGGUAGUGUAGUAUUGCAUUCACCAAUGUUAAAUUCAGCUAUUGAGUGUCGUAUGUAACGGUGCGGUGGUGGUCUACAGAAGGCGUGGAGGCGUGCGUCGGCGGCAGCAUUGUGGGCAUCACUCCCGGCGCCGCACUAACCAGUAACCAACUUUCUGACGCUAUUCUGUACUGAGACGUAGUCGUACGAUGUGCCCUAACUGUGCCCUGGCUACCUAACUGUGUAGGUAUUGCGCUUAUUGUGUGCUAACGCUUCUGUUCCAUAGAUCAACGCGGAAGGGAGUAGCCAUAGUGACAUUGUACUAUUCAAAUCAGUCUGCCAAUUUUUGCAGGGGAGCAUAUGCACAUAAGUGUAGUUUAGGGUACACACACAUAUGCCCGUAUGCCCAAUUGGACAUUGGGGAAAGCUGUGUAUGCCUACUCCCCUCCUGACUGCUUCGGCCAUGUUGCUCUAUGUUCUGUUAUCCUCUUCUUGCGCUUUUGUGAAAUUUUGGCCAGCUUCGACUUUCAACUCGAUUGUAAGUAAACAUUUAUAAAAUGCUAUUGUUUAUAAUAACACAUCGUAGAACACUCUAUUUCCACUAGAUUGAGCUGGAUUUUUUUUGAAAUAUAUGUAUUUUAUACAGUAACUCAAAAAAAAAUUACUAGAAAAAAGUCCACCCUGACCAGUCCAGGAGUAGCACACGCGACUCAAACCAGCACCCUCCGCUAUCCGGGCGAAUGCACUGACCCGUCAGCUGCCUGGUUCGCGUAUUUCUUUUCCAGUAAAUUUUCUUUAGAUUCAAAUACCUAGCAGUUAAACGCUUAAAAUACGUAUAUAUUAAACAGUUACUCAUUAAAACCAAUGUUCUUUUAGUUUUACUCCAAUGUUCCAAUCAUUACAAGUUGUCAUUAAUAAUAAUGUGCAUUGCUUGUUUUAUAUUGUGGCGGUAAACGUUAAUAUUUAGCUAUUUCUUUAGCUUCACUUUGUAACUUAACGCUACUUCGAUGGUCUCUUCAGUUAUGGCAAUCGUUUUUCAAUGAGGUAUUUAUAAAACAGUUUAAGUUUGUUUUUCUCUAUAUCAAAUAUAUAAAAAAGUCAAGAGUUUUUAUCGUACUAUUGUUGCUAGUGCCGAUCUUCUGCUUUAGUUUGAUGUAUACAUAAUUGCAUACCUAAUUCACGUACUAUUUGAUGUUUCUCUGCAUGCCUUCUUUUCCUCUGUAUUAACUUUUACAAAUAUUACUUUAAAGAGGUAACUAGAAUAUUAUAUGCUUGAGUAAUGUAGAAUGUCGAAAUAUUACAUGUUAACCUCAAUCAAAGGUUUCGUAUUUUUGCAGGCUCAAUGCUCCGCGAUCAUCCUUUAACUCCAGAGGGAGCCGAGGCCUAGACAUGCACAGAAAACGUAUAGCGCAAGGAUAAGUACGUGAUAGGUUGAGCAGGGUUCAUCCAGAUAUUACAUUAGCGGAUUUUAUUCAUGGAUGCUCACAAUUGUGCCAGUUAGAAUUUAAACAUUUUAGAUGGUAAAUAGCUACUGACUAGUGUUCUAAUAUGGUACUUCGAAUUGCCAUUUUAAAAAUAGUUUUCAAUCGAAAAUGUUGAUGAUACGGUCAUAAUAAUUCCAAGUAACUUAUGAUAGGCUAUUUAGAACUAAAAUUAAUAACGACACUUUUAUUUACUGUGAUUGUGUUAGUAUUACAAUUAUAUUAUUCAUGAAUUUUUAUUAUUUAAUGUUACACGAAUAUAAUCAUUUUGUAUAUUGGAAUUACUUGCAAUGAUAAGAUUAUGUGUUUAAAGAAUUUUCAGCACUGAAAGUUGUUUUACUUAUAUUUUUUUUAUGUGAGUGCCCAUGUGCAAUAUAUUUUUCUGUGAUACUCCUAAAUAGCUGGGUACUCAAAGCAAAGAUUAUUUAUUUACGUGAAACGAUCAACUAUUUAAAGCCAUCUCACUAGUCAAGCUCAUUCGCCAGAAGGGUAUGAGAUGUUCCUAUCGUUAAAACGUCACUGUGUCACAUCUCUAGAACAUCUUUCAGUGCUGAUGUUUUACCAUCAUAUGUUAAAACUAUAAAAAUUAUUGAAUAAUCUUGUCGUGUUUUCGUGCACCGAAUAUUGGCGUGUAUAUUUUCAUAAAUUAAUCUACUGUAUAUAUUUAUAUUAAAUAUGGUAUCUUCAAUAAAUUGGUCUUGCCUAGUCAUGCUUUAAAAGGCCUAAUAUUACGCACAAUUUAGUUAUAUUUUUGUUCAUAUUACAGACAGGGUUUUGUAGCUGCACAAAUUUGAUCAUUUAUGUAUUAUUGAGCCAUGACCGAUUUCUUCCAGAAUUUACAUUCCUUCAUAAAUUGUAUAAUAGUAUUUAACAGUAUUUUUAAAUAAUUAAUGAUGUGUGAUUUUUGAAAUGAAGUUCAAACGUGAGGUGAAUUUUAGAUUAGUAUAGGUACCAACUUGCAGUGAUGUGAGGUUCAAUUUUUACGGUAGUGACGAUGAAAUAUGUAGAACGCCCCCAUAAAAUUUUAAGUGUUCAUUAGAUUAACUAUUUGUAAAAUGACUAAAUUCAACAGUCUAUUGAAUACUUUAUUAAUCUAUCUUUUAGUGGCGUUUCUUAUGUAAAUUUACUAAUUAUUAUAAGUAGAUGUAUAGUAUAUUGCUAAAUUAUUUCAUAGUAUUUUUAUAUUCAUUCCAGUUUAGUUGAUUUUAUCUAGCUCUUUGGUACCAGACUGAUUUUACGGUACUUUUAUUUAUGGUGCAAUUUAUGUAUAGAGCGUUGUGAUAAUCGUUUAAUUACAUGCAAUAUACAAGACCUAAAUAGCUUUUUAUUUUAAUACCUGUAACAUAUUUGGGUAAACAAUGGUGUCGAUUCUGGCAUGAUUUUCUAAACAUAAACUUAAAUUUAACAACAGUGUAUCCUUGUCAUUCUCUAUAUAGAAUGAAAAGGAGAGACUGAUGUUUUUAGUUUUGAGAACGCUUACUACUGCAGGUCAUGACGGUACAACGGCUUAAUGUGCCUUCCGAAACACGGAAAAAGUUUUUUUUUACUAUACCGCUCUUUUGCACUUUUGCUUACCUUCCGCCAUCUUCCAAACCACUGCGCCAUCGAACUCUUCCGAAGACAGUGCAUAGAGCAAUGAGUGAAUUUACUGAUUGACUUGCCUUAGAAAGGCAUUUCUACUAUUUGUGAACUUUAUUUUACCAUUCUUGAAAAAUCAGAAUUGAUUUAUUUGCUCUUCAUUGUUUUCAACAAAUGGCGGACUUAAUGCUACAUGGCAUUCUCUACCAGUCAACCAUCGGGCUAAGCAGAGACAUUAAGCGGUAAAGUAAAUAAAAGCAUAAAAUUAAAAAGAGCAAGAAAAUAAAAAUUAAUUGAUAAAAGUACAUGUUACUUAAUACAAAGAUUAUGAUAUACAUAUCUAAUAUCUAGAAAUAUACAUAGCUACAAAUAUAUAAAUACACAUUUAUAUAUAAGAUAAUACCUUAAUAUAUACAAUAAUAAAUACCACUAUACUUAAGAAUACUAUAAUAAAAUAAAAACUAUUACAAAUAAUAUUAAUAUUAGGCAGAUUGACCAGAAGUUCGUUCACAAAAUAGAAAUUGUUAUGACUUCUUAGCGAAAUUCUGACGUGCCCUUGAAAGCAGGUUUACUGGGUGCUUUUCUCACGCUCUCAUUAAUUUGAUACGAAGCUGGAGCAGUGGGAGGGAAUGGACAAAAGAUUUCAGAAGAACGAAAGUGGGUGGAACUUAAAAAGUGAAAUUUGGACUUCGGUAAGACGGAGCAUUAAGGGUCAAAAAGAAUUGAGAAAAGAGAUGUGAGAAUUCUUAGAUCACGACGGUUUGGAAGAGGUGGCCAAUUGAGUUUACGGUGAAAUGAAAUAAUAUGAUCAUAUUUCAGUAGACUGAAUAUUAAUCGAAUACAGCUAUUAAGAGACCGCUCCAAUUUACCAAGAAUAUCUUUAUUUAGGUCAAGAUAACACACAUCAGCAGAAUUCCAUGUUGAAUGUGCUUGAUUGAUUUACAAAAGAAAUUAUUGAAAUUUCACAAAUAAAACGUCAUUUUCAGACAAUAAAAAAUAUAUUCACAGCUUAUUUUCUAAACAAAUUAUCAUAAAUUUAAAUAACUUAUGUAGCUAUAUGAAAUAGAUAGUGACGCAGUUUAUUUUUAUUAAAUGUUCUAAAAAACGAACAGUAAAAAUAUUUUGAAGGUGGUAGCGUCAUUUGUAGAAAUUUCAAUAUAUUUUUUAAGAAAAACAUUGUACAAUAGGCAUUUCCUGUUUGAUAAAAAUAAGAUCUUUAGAUUGUGACCCCCCCCCCCCCCUCCCCCAUCUGCCUAUUUAAGAAUGAUUUCUAGGAUGAAAAAAUAUCUCAUGUUCAUCUUUGUCUGUCUCUUCUCAACUAUCUCUUUAUCAAAUUUCAUCUUACUUAGUUCGACGAUUUUAAACACUCACAACUAUAUUAGUUUGGAUCGAAUGAGUUUAGCCAUAGGCGUGAAAAUAAUCAUUAAAUAUAAACUUAAGCGCAAUUCAGUCCAAAUUAUAUCAUUAAUUUAAUCAUAUUUACUUCCAGUUUAAUGUUUCUAAGACCAAAAAUAUAGCAACUACGUAAUUUACUUCCUAAAAAUAGUUGUAGUUGUACUUAGCAUACCCGUUAAUUAUAUUUUAACUGAAUCUGAAUGAAUAUGUGGAAGUCUAUUUAAAAUCACCCAUAAUAUUAAAACUUCUUAUGGGGCUUCUAAAUAUACCAUUAAAUUUGGUAUGAGUCUAUCUUAAAUCGAAUCAAGUAUGUGAAAUUUUGGUAUAUGCUGCCCCAUAUGCUGAAUAUAAACAACAAAUACUGUAAACGCCGAUUCAUGACAAAAUGUUCUGUCGAAAACAAACAAAUGAUGUUACGCAACUCUGAUAGAGCAUUUUCCUGACGUUAUAAAAACUAGCUCGGCCAUUUUUUUUCAUGUUAAAAGUAAAUAAAUCUGCGUACCCUCUGAGCAGCUACAAUGGAAAAUGUAGUGUUUCGUAUACAUAAAGAUUUAACGGACCUUUAAAAAAAUUGUAGACAGAAGGAUAAAUUUUGUAGCUGUUAUAAGUCGAACGCGACGUAUACAUAAAGAUGUAACGGGACAUUUAAAAAAAUGUAGACAGAAGGAUAAAUUUUGUAGCUGUUAUAAGUCGAACGCUACGAGUCACCGAAUGUGGGCUUCUCAGAUGAUGAUAUAAUACUCAUACAUGUAAAAUUGUCUGCAUCCACCUUGCUUUUCUAGAAUGCUUUUUUCUAGAUUUUUUUUGCAUUUGUUACACUUCUUAUGAGUGCAUCAUAUAUGCUAAAUUAUGAUGUUAUUAAAUUUAACGAUACUCCACUCUCCCUUUUCCUCUUCCUACAUUAGUUAAAAAAAUGAACACAGUAAAGACAUUUAACUUCCCUAUACAACGCAUUAUUAACAUAAAUGCUUAAAGUAACCGAAUACUUGAUUUUAAUUAUUAUUUAUUUAUUACUUAAUUGAGUUUAAAAUUAGUAGGUUACAAAAUAAAGAUUAUUUGUUAUUGAGGAAUUAUUUUUAUUGUUUAGUUUGCGUUACAAAUUGAUCCCAAUUAAUGAGAAGUGACAACUUGAUCGGCUUCGGAGAUCUCAUUCAUCAGUACAAAAUCCGUGAACUAACACACUUGUGUUCUAAAAUGUAUCACGAUAUAAAAUUAAUUUGUACAGUUUACGGUACAUGAAUUUUAGCACUCACUGACUGUAGAGUGCGAAUCAAACUCAAUGGCGAUUGUGAAGUUUGCGCAAGUUGCGACAACCGAAAUUAGGAGUUACUAACUGAAAACUGCGAAUAGUCGCGUUCGCUGCUAAAACUUCACAACGGGCAUAAAAUUGGACUCGCGCUAUAAUUAUGAUGCUAAUGCAAUGUUUCCAUGUGGCGUCCACUGUUUACGGAACAAGCGGUUACGAAGUUAAGUGUAACGCCCGCAUCAGGGAUUAGGUACCGUAUCUUUCUUUGGUUCCUCCACGCUCAUGUUUUUCACGUCGUCUUUUGAGUCUUCGG